UUAUCACUUGGUCAAUUACCCCUAAUGUUUAGGAAAUACAUAAAAUAUUCUGGAUAUUUCCGAGAUUCAAGAAAUAAAUGGAAACUUAAAAACAAAAAAUAAACCCAAACCCAAAUUUUUGGUUUUGGGUUUGCUUGCUAUCAUCGUCUGUAUUUAAUCCACCUCGAGAUGGAACAAAACCCUAAGGGUUCUUGUAAGAACCAAUCGCCGCCGGAUUGAUCACUCUCUCACUGUUUCCUUUUUUGAUCUCAGUGAACCAUUUCUCAGCUCACUGUUUUCUCUUCCCUUCUUGUACUUUCCAACGUUAAUUUUGUUCUUGUAUAUAAAUAUCAUCGUAUGGGAAAGCAUGUCCUAGGAAUUUCUUGUCAAUAAUUAUGGGAACCAACUCUGGGAAACUUAAAAGUGAAUUUCGCAAUCUUUUUUUUGUUUGAUUGUUGGGGUGGUUUUUGUUUCAGCUCUUGAAGUGACUUCGGUGCAGUUUUUACGAGGAAAGCUUAAUUUUUUUUCUUUUUCCAGUAACUGCAAGUUAGAAUUUUCUGAAGUUGCUAAUAUGGGGUAUGGCCGUUUAGGCUCUGUGAUGUGAAAAGUUUGAAUUUUUGGGUUGUUUUUCGGAUUAGGGUUUGGUUUGUUGUGGUGGGUAGUGAUCAGUUGUAACUAUAUGAGGUUGGUGAUUAGAGGGUGGUGAUCAAAUUGAGAUUUUGGAAAAUGUUGUCUGAAUUGGGAAGAAGACCGAUGCUUGGGAGUAACGAGGGUUCUUUUGGUGAUGAAUUGGAGAAGGAGAUAGGGAUGUUGCUUCGUGAGCAACGUAGACAGGAGGCUGAUGAUCGUGAGCGUGAGCUCAAUAUAUUUAGGAGUGGAUCAGCGCCUCCAACUGUCGAGGGUUCUUUGAGUGCAGUUGGAGGGCUGUUUGGUGGUGGUGGUGGUGGUGGUACUACCGGUGCUGCUGCCGCCGCUUUUCCGGAGUUUACCGGAGCUAAAGAUGUGAAUGGGAUUGCUUCUGAAGAAGAGCUUAGGUCUGAUCCUGCUUAUCUUUCGUACUAUUACUCCAAUGUGAAUUUGAAUCCCAGGCUUCCUCCUCCUUUGCUAUCAAAGGAGGAUUGGAGGUUUCAACAAAGACUUAAAGGUGGAGCUUCUGUUCUGGGUGGAAUUGGAGAUAGGAGGAAAGUAAACAGGACUGAUGAUAAUGGUGGUAGAUCAUUGUUUUCGACCCCGCCUGGUUUUAACAUGAGGAAACAAGAGAGUGAGGUGGAUAAUGAAAAAGCAAGAGGUUCGGCUGACUGGGGUGGCGAUGGACUGAUUGGUUUGCCUGGACUUGGGCUUAGGAGCAAACAAAAGAGCUUUGCAGAAAUUUUCCAGGAUGAUUUGGGGCGUCAUACUUCUGUCACGGGCCUCCCUUCUCGUCCAUCCAGUCGUAAUGCAUUUGAUGAAAAUGACCUUAUGAAUUCUGCUGAAGCUGAGUUGGCUCAUGUGCGCCGUGAGCCCACAGCCACUGAUGCCUUGAGAUCAGGAUCGCAUGUUCAAGGAUCAUCUGCAGCCCAAAAUAUUGGCCCACCAGCUUCAUAUUCAUAUGCUGCUGCACUGGGAUCUUCCUUGUCAAGAAGCACUACUCCUGAUCCGCAACUUGUUGCUAGGGCUCCUAGUCCAUGCGUCACACCUAUUGGUGGUGGGCGAGCCAUUGCUACUGAAAAGAGAGGUAUUGCCAGUCCAGAUGCAUUUAAUGGUGUUUCAUCUGCCAUCAAUGAGUCAGCAGACAUUGUGGCUGCAUUGUCGGGGAUGAACUUGUCAGCAGAUGAUGUAUUAGAUGGUGAAAACCAUUUGCCAUCACAGGUUGAAGCAGAUGUUGAUAAUCACCAGAGAUAUCUUUUUGGUAGGCAAGGUGGUCAAGAUCAUGGUAAGCAACAUGCAUAUUUAAAAAAGUCUGAAUCAGCACACUUGCAAAAUUCCGGUAAGAGCAGGGGUGGGUCAGACCUCAACAAUCCAUCCUUGGAUAGGCAGGUUGAGCUACAAAAAUCUACUGUUCCUUCUAGUAACUCAUAUUUCAAAGGAUCACCUACCUCCCAUUUUAGUGGAGGAGGUAGUUUGCCACCUCAGUACCAGCCUUUAGAUAGUACAAAUUCAUCAUUUAAUAACUAUGGUCUGAGUGGGUAUGCUGGAAAUCCAGCAUUGGCAUCCUUGAUGACUAACCAACUCAGCACUGGUAAUUUGCCACCCCUGUUUGAAAAUGUUGCUGCAGCAUCAGCAAUGGCAGCCCCUGGAAUGGACUCAAGAAUUCUUGGGGGUGGUUUGACUUCUGGAGCUGGUGCUCCGUCUGAUGUGCAUAAUCUUGGUAGGAUGGGAAAUCAAAUUGCAGGCAAUGCUCUUCAGGCUCCUUUUGUUGAUCCCAUGUAUCUUCAGUACCUAAGGACAUCUGAUUAUGCCGCAGCGCAACUUGCUGCUCUUAAUGAUCCCUCUAUAGACAGGAAUUACUUGGGGAAUUCGUACAUGAAUUUACUUGAGCUUCAGAAAGCUUAUCUUGGAUCGAUCCUAUCACCUCAGAAAUCUCAAUACAAUGUACCAUUGGCUGGUAAAUCAGGCAGCUCCAAUCAUCAUGGUUAUUAUGCAAAUCCUGCAUAUGGUGUUGGGUUAUCUUACCCAGGAAGUCCAAUGGCAAACUCUGUUGUAUCCACUUCUCCAGUUGGAUCUGGAAGUCCUAUAAGGCACAAUGAUCUGAAUAUGCGUUUUGCAUCUGGAAUGAGGAAUUUAGCUGGGGUCAUAGGACCUUGGCAUGUAGAUACUGGAAACAUUGAUGAAAGUUCUACUCUGUUGGAAGAGUUUAAAAGCAAUAAAACAAAGUGUUUUGAGCUCUCUGAAAUUGCCACUCAUGUUGUUGAAUUCAGUGCCGAUCAAUAUGGGAGCCGAUUUAUUCAACAAAAGCUUGAAACAGCUACUACAGAAGAAAAAAACAUGGUUUAUCAGGAAAUCAUGCCACAUGCCCUUGCUUUGAUGACUGAUGUCUUUGGUAAUUAUGUGGUUCAAAAGUUUUUUGAGCAUGGACUUGCAUCCCAGAGAAGAGAAUUAGCCAACAAACUUCUUGGCCAUGUUUUGACACUUAGCCUUCAAAUGUAUGGUUGCCGAGUCAUCCAGAAGGCCAUUGAAGUCGUUGAUCUGGAUCAGAAGAUAGAGAUGGUUCAAGAGCUUGAUGGUAAUGUCAUGCGUUGUGUACGAGAUCAGAAUGGUAAUCAUGUCAUUCAGAAGUGUAUUGAAUGUGUCCCUGAAGAUGCAAUCCACUUUAUUGUCUCAACAUUUUUUGAUCAAGUUGUGUCACUCUCAACCCAUCCAUAUGGUUGCCGGGUGAUACAGAGAGUACUGGAGCACUGCAAAGACCCUACGACACAGCAGAAAGUUAUGGAUGAGAUUUUAGGAGCAGUUAGCAUGUUAGCUCAGGAUCAGUAUGGAAACUACGUUGUUCAGCAUGUACUGGAACAUGGGAAGCCUCAUGAGCGUUCUUCUAUAAUAAAGGAAUUAGCUGGCAAGAUAGUUCAAAUGAGUCAACAGAAGUUUGCUUCCAAUGUUGUGGAGAAAUGUUUGACCUUUGGAGGUCCUUCUGAACGCCAAUUAUUAGUGAAUGAGAUGCUUGGCUCCACAGAUGAAAAUGAGCCUCUUCAGGCGAUGAUGAAGGACCAAUUUGCAAAUUAUGUUGUUCAAAAGGUGCUGGAAACUUGUGAUGACCAACAGCGCGAGCUGAUUCUUUCAAGAAUAAAGGUUCAUUUGAAUGCAUUGAAAAAGUACACCUACGGAAAGCACAUUGUUGCACGUGUAGAAAAACUUGUUGCUGCUGGAGAAAGGAGAAUUGCUGCUCAGUCUCCUCAACCUGCUUAGGUGGCUUAGGAAAAUAAUCUUGUACAGCUAACUGAGGCUAGUGUGCGCUUCUUCUUCUUUCCCUCCUUCAUGAAGAGGUUAUGUUUACCUAUCUGUGGAGAUGGGUGGUAGUAGCCAAUUGGAAAUAAAGUUGUCGCUUGUACUGCAGAACUGUACAUUUUGUAGCUUUUAAGUUUAUACAAAGAAUUUAAAUGAGAUGAUGAUGCCCCUGCAGAGGAGAUAAAAUGACUAUACAAGCCUUUUUAUGGUGUAAAGAUUUCACGCGCGACUGUACAAAAUGAUGCCAUGUGGAGAGCUGUUCUUGUUUAGACGAGGACAGUUUUUUUCUCUUUUAAUCAUGUAUGCUUAUUCACUUCUUCCCUUUCAUCAGUAUAUUUUUUUCUU